AUGCUGAAGAGAGCAGCAAGACAGCCAUGGACAUGCUCCCGCUGCCUUCGUCUCCAGCAGCGUCGCUACUUCAAUGGCCUCGCCGAAGCCGCCAAAGCGAACUACGCCGCCGACCUCGCCCCUGCGACCCACAAUGCGCCGGACGCAAAGAACGAUGACAGGACGCUGCGGCAGAUAUUCGACUCGCAGCCCUUUUGGAAGGAGUUCUCGCAGCACGCCAAACACCAGGGCCCAGGCCAGUCGGCAGGCUUGUUCCAAAAUCGCUACCUUACCCGACCGGACGGCUUCCAGAAGUUUGCGCAUGUCACAUUGCAGAAAUGCAUGAAGCUUGUGGACAAGGUGCUUGCUGCUUCUACUGUAGACGAGUUCAAGAGCUUGGCAAAGGACUUGGAUAGGCUCAGCGACCUACUAUGCCGCGUCAUCGACCUCUCCGACUUUGUGCGCGCGACACAUCCUGAUCGAAAGGUCCAAGCCGCGGCGACGCAGGCGUAUGCGAUGAUGUUCGAGUACAUGAACAAGCUGAACACGACCACGGGGCUGAACGACCAGCUAAAGAAGGCAUCGCAGAUACCGGGGGUUUGGGAUUCAUGGACGGAGGAGGAGCAGGUUGUGGCGCACAUCUUGAUGAAGGAUUUCUCCAAGAGCGCCAUCGACCUGCCGGAGGGCGCAAGAAACAGGUUCGUGGAGCUGAGCAACGACAUCACGAACACGGGAACGGAUUUCGUGGACAAUAUGGCGCCGGAGAUGUCGUACUUGCACUUCGAGAGCAGCAAGCUGAAGGGUAUGGAUCCGACGGUGGUCAGAAACUUCACCAAAUGGGGCAAGGUAACAUUGCCCACAGUGGGCAUGCCCGCUAUGAUGGCCCUCAGGACAGUUGAGGAUGCGGAUGUUAGGAGGGAGAUCUACAUGGCCAACAGGACCGCCUCGAAGGGCAGUAUACGGCGGCUAGAAGCCAUGCUCAAGUCGCGCGCCGCGCUGGCAAAGCUGUCCGGUCAUGACACCUUUGCUCACAUGGCUCUCGGAGACAAGAUGGCGAAGACUCCUGAAGCUGUCAACCAGUUCCUCUCAGCACUCGCCGCUGACAAUUAUCCUCGCGUCCAGUCUGAGCUCCAGGAACUGCUGGAGCUAAAGGAGUCAGACGCAAGAAGUGGCAACUUUCCUGCCAGCCUCAACGCUUGGGACAGAGACUAUUAUACCACGCGGUUGCUGUCGUCCAUGCAGACGCGCAUCCGUUCCCCCGAUUAUCUCUCGGCGUACUUCUCCCUUGGUACUGUCCUGCAGGGCCUAUCGCGCCUGUUCAGCCGACUCUACGGUGUCCGUCUCGUACCUCGCGAAGCAGCUCCUGGCGAGACCUGGAACGACGAUGUGCGACGUCUCGACGUCAUUGAUGAAGUCGAAGGCCACAUCGCGGUCGUCUACUGUGAUCUCUUCUCCCGCCCAGGCAAGAAUCCCAAUCCUGCACACUUCACGCUUCGCUGCAGUCGCGUGAUCCAGCCCACCGAGCUUGAGGAAGCCGACUCCACGAACCACCCAUUCGACACCGCCAUCGAGGCUGCGACGGAUGGCAUGGCGGCUGCCUACUCCCCUUCGUCGGGAAAGCUACACCAGCUCCCAACCAUAGCGCUGAUCUGUGACUUUGCUCGCUCCACCCAACGAGGCAUGAUCGCCAGCAACAAGCCCACUCUACUGACCUUCAGAGACGUCCAGACCCUCUUCCACGAGAUGGGCCACGCAAUCCACUCUAUCCUAGGCCGCACGACGCUCCAAAACGUCUCCGGCACGCGCUGCGCCACCGAUUUCGCAGAACUGCCGUCCGUGCUGAUGGAGCAUUUCGCCGCGGCACCAGAGGUGCUGGGCCUCUACGCUCGCCACUGGGAGACCGAUGCUCCGUUGCCGUACCGCCUCGUCGAGGAGCGCCUGGCUCUCGACCGCCGCAUGUCGGGUGCCGAAACCGAGAGCCAGAUCUUGCUCGCUAUGCUUGAUCAGGCGUAUCAUGGCCCGUCGCCUAUGCAUCCGCAGUUUGACGCCACGGAGAUUUACCACCAUGUCUUUAAUAAGCACUCGGCUGUCCCGGAGCCGAGGGGUACGGCUUGGCAAGGCUUUUUCGGCCACCUGUUUGGUUAUGGGGCUACGUAUUACGCCUAUCUAUUCGAUAGAGCGAUUGCGGGCAAGGUGUGGAAGGACGUUUUCCAGCGGACAGCUGGAGGCGCGGUGGAGAGAGGCGCAGGCCAGAAGUUCAGGGAGGAAGUGUUGAUGUGGGGCGGCGGCAGGGACCCGUGGAGGUGUGUGGCGGGGGUGUUGGGAGAUGAAAGGCUAGCUGAGGGUGGAGAGAGGGCGAUGAAGGAGGUUGGAAAGUGGGGUGUUGGUGAGUAA